CUGGCGAUACUCUGCAACCCCGUGAAAUCGAAUCAUAUAUUCUAAAUUACUAUUUAUGAUAUUCAUAUUUUUUUUCGUCAUAUUAAUCAAUGUGAUUAUUUAAAUUCUUCCUAUAUUGUUCUAGGAUUUCUUGAGUUAAAUCAGCAUUCAGCUGAUUACCAAAAUCACUGUAACAGCUGUUUUAUCAGUUGGACGCCGCCAUCCCGCAUCCCGCCAUGCACGGGAAUUUUGUGUUGUGGGCUGUGGUGUGGUCACUUGUGGUUGUGGUUGUGGACUGUGGACAUGGAACAAAACCAUUAAUUCGGUUCAAACGUGUCAAAGUUUAAUCUAUUUGUAAAAUUCUCUACAUUUUGAGCGAAACAAUACCUAAGAAUAAAGUUUAGUUGAAGAUUUCAAUUCACAGUACCGAAUUCAACUUUUCAAUACGAUAUAAAUCAGGAUGAGCAGCAGGAGCGAUGGACCUAAUCCUAAAAAAGCUAAAUUACUGGUAGAAUGUGAAUACAAGGAACUAUGUUAUCGGCAAAAUCCGAGUCACUUCCAAGAGUUCAGUCAUUCACACUUGGAAAAGCUAGUCUCUCAAAUGCCCGAGAAUGAAUUCAAACUUCCUCCGGAUUAUAACCAGAAAAUAAGUAGGAGAAUUCUGGAACUACAAGUAGGUUUCAUCAAACAGAUUAAGAAAACUGGUAACGUGGCUCCCAGCAAACCAAGUAAUAGCAACUCUUCGGAUAGUAAAAAAGAAAAUGACGCAAGAAAACAGCAGAACAGUAGUGUUAAAUCACAGGCAUCUGCAUCAUCUCCAUCGCCAUCGACAUCAAAUAUAAAUGCACGAGCUUCAUCCAAUAAGCAGCAAGAAGAAAAUUAUCGUAGGAUCGUAUUGGAUCGUGUGAACACAAAUAUUGCUGAUAAGUGGAAAAAAGCUGCUCCUUAUUAUGUGUUUCUAUCAGCCAUUUCAGAUUCUAAGCCCACGCACAAAGACGAUCUAUCAAUCCAGUUUCCAGAGUUGCUGGAUCCCAGACUAGGUGAUUUGAAAUCUUCUUUACAAAUCAACUUUAUGGUCGAACUGGGUUGGUUGCUGGCACAAUACUGUAUCAUGGGUCAUAGAGGAAAACCAUUAACAUUGGUGUAUGAAGAAGGAGAUGAGUAUAUAAAAAAUGGUAUGUGCCCACCGUUUGUUAAUUGCGUCAAGGUGUCAUGUCCGUCACCUUUUGGGAAGCAUCACACGAAAAUGAUGAUAAUGUGCUACUGUGAUGAAAGUCUUCGUGUUAUAGUCAGUACUGGAAACUUGGUGGAAUCCGAUUGGGAUAAUAGAGUUCAAGGGAUGUGGAUUAGUCCGAGGUGUCCCCGGUUGCCGGAGAACGCUGACACCGGGGCAGGUGAUUCGCCCACUGCAUUCAAGAAGGAUCUGCUCGACUAUCUCAGCAGGUAUCAGAAGCCCGAGCUACAAGUUUGGAUCGACCAAGUCAGAUCUACUGAUUUCUCCAGUGUCAACGUGUUCUUUGUGGCGUCGGUUCCGGGCACGCAUUCUGGUCCAGACUUCAAUAGGUGGUCGCAAGGCAAAGUGGCGUCCAUUCUGAAGAAGCACGCGACCAUUAAGCCGGCGCCGGACGCGCACAAGUGGCCAAUCAUCGCCCAGUGCUCGUCGCUCGGCAGCUUCGGUCCUCAGCCCACUGACUGGCUCGCUGGCCAGAUCAGGGACUCGCUCAGUGGAGGCGUCAAUCUCAGCCCUCUCACUAAACCUUCAAUCAGUGUGAUUUAUCCGAGCUUUGACAAUGUUUGUCAGAGCUACGAUUCACUCCUUGGUGGAGGUUGUCUUCCUUACAUGAGGCGUGUACACGAUAAACAACCCUGGCUCAAUAAGUAUUUAUGUCAAUGGAAGAGCGAUCACCAACAUAGAACAAGAUCAAUGCCUCAUAUAAAAACAUAUUGUCGAGUGUCUCCAUGUCGGAAGCGAAUUGCGUGGUUCUUCCUGACAAGUGCCAAUUUGUCCAAAGCUGCUUGGGGAAACUCUAGAUCACCUAUGAAGAACUACACAAUGUCGUACGAAGCUGGAGUUAUGUUCAUUCCAAAGUUCCUGGUGAAAGAAGAUUACUUUCCGAUUAAAUCGGAUGAAGGCUGUGAUAAGGAAAUUCCGCUAUUUCCAAUGCCGUAUGAUUUACCAUUGGUUCCUUACAAAUCGACUGAUGUUCCCUGGUUUAUGGACAAUCUUCAUUGAUUUGAUAGUUCUCCAAUGCUUUUUCGUUGCAAUUGUAUUUUUGAAUAAAGAUUCCUCUAUGUUUUCUACAA